AGAACAUGCACUAUUUCUCUCCCAGAACUGGUCAUUGAUGACCCCGGACGCAUUGCCUUGCCUUGACAGUUCAUCAACACGGUUGCGACGGACGCCCAUCGAUCGCCAACAUGGUGCCACUGCCACUGUUCAAGCUCGCCUCGCUUUUCGUGCGACACGUUUCCAAAUAUGGCGCAAACCGCAUCAAGGCGCAGGCCCAUGAUCACCCCAAGUUCCGCGCCUUUGCCGCUCGCUAUGGGCAGUCCAUCCACCAGCUGAACAUGAAACUAUCAGUGGCCCUACUUCGAGAUCCAGAGGCCGAGCGACGAGCAAAAGAAAAAGCAGAGGCACCGACAGUAAAGACGGAAGAGCAGCAGAAGAAGGACGAUGCGGCCAAAGAGAAGGAGGCAAAGAAGCCGUCACAAGGCUCGACGAGAAAGCCAAGAUUCUCCUUCCAAAACGUAUGGAGGCGAAAGUUCCGUUCACUCCCAGAAGCGAAGGCGGUGGAUCUAUUCGCCGAUGUCAUCGGAGACACCUUUAUACUGGGUGUGGCCGGCGGCCUGAUCAUCUACGAAUACUGGAAAGCAUCGAAAAAGCCUGACGUCAACAAGGAGCGCAUCAGCGAGCUCAAUGAGAAAAUCGAAGAGUUGAAGAAGAGGGAGGACGACCUCGAGGCGGCAGAAAGCAAGCAUCGCGAACGCUUCGAAUCGCUAGAGCAUUCGUUGAAGGCGCUGCGAGCGGCCCACGACGCCAAGUCCAAGGAACCCCCAAUACCGCCAUUAUAGGCAUGACCGUCAGCCAGUGUACAUAAAGAACGUGCAAUAAGCCUCGACACCCAGCUCUUCGAUUUACGGUCCCUUGUAUUAUAUCGUCUGGCGUACAUACCUAUGUACUAAUAGAAUAGAUGAACUGAUACGGGCGUUUGCAACUCGACGAUCAGUGAGCUAC